AGUUCUCAAAUUUAUUUACUAAGAGUAAAAGAACAUUGAAAUUUCAGUCACUUGAUAUCCAAAUGACAAACAAAGAAGCAAAGGCUUCAAAGCUGAAAGGAAAGUAACUAAGUCAAGUCUUUAAAACAGUCCAGAAGAUGACUCCAAGCAUAAUCAAACAAACUACACAUUUCCAAAGUCAUAUUACAAGAUUCAACAAACAAAUACUCUUAUUCUAAAUACAAUAUCUAGGAAAAUAACAUAAUAAAUACUCCUCCCCACUCUUUGAAUGGCUUACUUCAACUUCAAAGUCAUUUCAUUUCUCUCCUCAAAACAACACCACAAAAUGAGAGGAGAAAAAACAUUUUUCUCCUUUCUUCCACUAUUCCUUAUCUCCUUGUUAUUCUUUAUCUUCAUUUCUCAAACAACAGCUACAAAUUACCCAAUCAAUGUCUGGCCCAAGCCCACAACAUUCAAUUGGCCCAACCCAAAAUCCAUCUCCCUCUCCCCAAACUUCACCAUCUCCCACCCACCCCACCGUUACCUCACUCCCGCCGUUUACCGUUAUCUCCACCUCAUCCUCUCCGAGCACCACCGUCCAAUCAUCACUCCGGCGAUCAAUCUGACGUCAUCAACACCGUUACAUAGCCUCAUCAUAUCCAUCUCUGACAUCACUUCACCCCUUGCUCUCGGAGUCAACGAAUUCUAUGCUCUCUCCACUCCUUCCGACGGCUCCCCCUCCGCCUAUAUCACCGCCGAAACCGUAUGGGGAGCCAUGCGAGGUCUCGAGACGUUCUCGCAACUCGUGUACGGAAACCCUACCAGAGUCACCGCCGGCGUGUACAUACACGAUCUGCCGAUUUUCGCGCACCGAGGUGUGAUGCUGGACACUUCGAGAAACUUCUACGGCGUCGAUGACUUGUUGAGGCUUAUUAAAGCUAUGAGUAUGAACAAGUUGAAUGUUUUCCACUGGCACAUAACUGAUUCACAUUCGUUUCCGCUUGUGAUUCCUUCGGAGCCGGAGCUCGCCGGAAAAGGAGCAUACGGCAAUGAGAUGAUGUACUCGCCGGCGGACGUGCAGAAGAUCGUGGAAUUUGGACUGGAACAUGGAGUUAGAGUUUUACCUGAAAUUGACAUGCCUGCACAUACAGGAUCAUGGGCUGAAGCUUACCCUGAGAUUAUCACUUGUGCAAAUAUGUUCUGGUGGCCUGCUGCAAGUAGUCCAGCUCUUGCAGCUGAACCAGGUACUGGUCAACUGAACCCCUUGAGUCCCAAGACCUAUGAAGUAGUCAAGAAUGUCAUCCACGCUACUAUCGCCAUGUUUCCAGAUUCGCUCUUUCACGGGGGAGCAGAUGAGAUCAAUUCAGCGUGUUGGAAUACUGAUCCAUCAAUCCAAAAGUUUGUCACUAGCAAUGGAACUCUCAAUCAGCUACUCGAAAUGUUUAUCAAUAAUACCUUACCUGAAAUCCUCUCACUCAACCGUACGGUGGUCUACUGGGAGGAUGUUAUAUUGAGUGCUAAUGUCAAAGUGAAUCCAUCUCUGCUUUCUCCACAGAAUGUUAUUAUGCAAACUUGGAAUAAUGGACCAAACAAUACUAAGCGGCUUGUCACUUCUGGCUACCGUGUCAUUGUGUCAUCUGCAGAUUACUAUUACUUGGAUUGUGGGCAUGGGAGCUUCGUUGGAAAUGACAGCCGCUAUGACCAGCCACCAGGUACUGACCAAGGCAAUGGUGGAUCCUGGUGCGGACCAUUCAAGACCUGGGAAACCAUAUACAACUAUGAUAUAACCUAUGGCCUGACUGAUGAGGAGGCUCAAUUGGUAAUUGGAGGGGAAGUAGCAUUAUGGUCCGAACAAGCUGAUUCAACUGUUAUGGAUUCAAGAAUCUGGCCAAGAGCAUCAGCAAUGGCAGAAACAUUGUGGUCAGGGAAUCGCGAUGAAACAGGAAUGAAGAGAUAUGCAGAGGCUACUGAUCGACUGAAUGAAUGGAGGUACAGAAUGGUUGCCAGGGGAAUAGGUGCUGAACCAAUUCAGCCACUUUGGUGUGUCAAAAACCCAGGCAUGUGUAACACAGUUCAUCCAUUUACUAGCUGAUUGUUCAUCCGUGUGUACUGGUCUCUUUUUUCAGUUUGCUUUCUCAUUUCCUCUCAAUUUUAUUCAAGGCCGAAAAGGCGGUCAUUUAAUUAUCUGUAUUAUCUUCUAAUUCAUAGUCAAUUGUAAUGUUACUUUCUGUUAAUGUUACCACAUCACUGAGAUUUUACUUAGCAAAUGAAUUCGGGAAUUUUCUA